ACAGCAGCACUGCACGCAGUGCACGCUGCACACACACGCACACACACACACACGAGCUGGUUCUUUCGCUGCUGCUGCUGCAGCCGCUGCGUCGUCGUCGCGCGGAGAGCUGCUGCUCCACCAGCUCCGCAUGGGAAACAAGCUGAUACCGUCGGUGUCACUCUUGUCCUCAAAAAGUCUGCUGGCGCGCCUAGAUACUUAAAAAUAUACGCCGCGCGAGGAAGAGUAGAGAGAGAGAGAGAGAGAGAGAGAGAGAGAGAGCCGCGAAACGCGCUGCACUAGGAGGUUAGGAGCUCGAGGUCGAGACGCGCGCGCGUGACGGAGGCGGUGCACUGCAGCGAGCGGUAGAUACUUACAAUGGGCAAUCAAGUGGCUCGCAACGGCAACGGUGCCGUCAAGAAGACCGGCAAGGCGCUCGCUGCUGCGCACGAUGCCAGCAAGUCCCAGGCGGUGGCUGGCCCGAACAGCCAGCAACAGCAGCAGCCCAACAUGUCCAGGAGCUCGUCCGGUGCCGAUAUUCAGAACAACUCGCACACCCAAUUUCUGCCCAUCGACAGGCUCGCCAAGAUACUUACAGAAAUUUCGCAAAAGGAAGAGGCAGUCAAUGGCAUAACAAAGACGGUUUUUCAAAAAUAUCUGUUCCCACACUAUCCCGAGGUGGCUGACAGAUUAUUUGCGUACUUACAUGCAUCUUCAAGAGCCACAACAGCUCAUUUGGGCCAGUCAGCAUUUAAGCAGCAGGCUGAAAAGUUUCUCGCUAUUAUGAAUGACCAGACAGUGCUGGAGAACUAUGUCAAAAUGUUUGCCGACAAUAAGGAUGGCAACGAAAUUACUCCUAAUGGCCUAAGAGAGUUACUUAUGGUUUCCUACAGACUGGCAAUGACUGGAAACAGCGGCGGUGGUUCGUGCAUGCAGUUGUUCAACACGGUGUCUGCUGUUGUUACUGCCUGCUUUCAUGGCAAAGAUACUUUAUCGGUCAGUUUUGUUAGUAACUGGCUCUGGCAAAAUUGCCCCCGCAUUGUGCAUGGAAUGCACAGAUACGUUAUACACAUACUUACUACUGCUUAUCGCAGCGGCAAAAGCUUAAUGUCCAGUGAGCAAUCUGGACCCCAUAUGAUACCAUCCACUCCCAUACUAGACCAGCCAGACAAUGUUGAUUUCUCAGAGGCGCUUCUACCAAUUAGUCAUGUGUGGCUUCUAGCAACUACUUUACCCAGUUGUUAUACAAAGAUCGAAGAGGAGCCUCAUCAAGAUGGUAUGCAAGCCCUGAUCACAAAAAUGUCCGGAGUAGUCUGCCCGCGUCACUGGACUUUGCUCUACAACACCAACCAGCAUGGCGCAGGUUCAAACAGAUUCCUGCACCACGUACUUGGCUACAAGGGUCCCACUCUGCUUUUCAUUCGCGGGGUCAGCAAUACAGACGACCGUCGCCAAUACCCUACUUAUUGCGUUUGUUCAGCGGUCGAGUGGCGCGAGUCGCAUCUUUAUUGGGGUAACGAGGAUUCAAUGGUCAUCGAAUUGUUGCCUAAUUAUAAGGUGGUGGAAAAAGGUACAAAGUUGUUGUACUUGAACACAAGUAUCAGAGGGUAUCCGCAGGGCCUGAGAGCUGGAGCAGACCCCAGAAAUCCGUGCGUAAUCGUAGAUCAAGCGUUUAAUGAGGUAACGUUCGCUGGGGUUCCUUAUCAACUGGCCAGUCUCGAGGUUUGGGGAUGCGGUGAUGCUAAAUCUAGAGAAAAACAGUUGGAGAUAAAGAAGUGGCAGGUAAAAGAGGCAGAAAAACAGAGAGUCGUGAAGCUGAGCACUGCCGAAUGGCUGGAUCAUCCGGACCGUUACCUGCUGGAGCUGGCGGGAAGACCUUCCUACAAUACUACUAGUAGCUAAAACGAAUUGAAAAUUUUGCUGGAAUAUCUGUACAUAUGUAUAUAAUUAAUGAACAUUCACGGAUGAACCGUGUCAAAAACGUUUUAACUCGGAAUUAAUUCAGAGUCUUAUUAUUAUAUACACCACGAUUUUACCGCACUCACGCCGCAUGAUUUGUUUUUAUUACCGAUAAAAGUUUUAAAAUUGUUAAAUCGACUUCGUUGAAAAAUACAUUGAUACGAAUUAAAUUAAUGUAAAGAACUAUAAUGCUCAAAUGUUGAAUGCCUUUCCCGCAAAGUAUAAAUAAAAAAAAAAUUUCAGAAAACGUCUAUUCAUGUGAUAUUAGUGGUACAAUAAUAUUAUCCACGUGAAUUAACUACGUGCUGCAAAGAGAUAUUUAGUAAUUAGGAUAGAUGACUGAUUGCAGCGCUAUGCCAUUAUCGUGAUGAGAAUAAAGGAAGAAUAUCUUGGAA